AUGCCCGACGAAAACGAGUUUCCAGAGAAACAGCUGAAGACGCUCGCGUCGCAAGGAAGCAUCACGAUCAACAGGGGCAUCUGUUCGUUGGCCACCUGUCGGCAGGUGCAAAACGCGGCGAUACUUCAGCAGACUGCCGAAUACAUAUACCAGUUGGAGCAAGAGAAGACUCAACUGUUGUCACAGAAUUGUCAAUUGAAGCGAUUGGUGAAUCAGCACGAGGGUGGCGAUGUUCCGAUCAAGAAACGCAAGCCGGACAAUCAAGGAGGUGUCGUGGUCAGUCUACCAAUGCACGUUAGCGAAAGCGGUGACGAAGGAUUGGGUAGCAUGUCCCCUGAACCAUUGUCGGUAAUAACGGUGACCACAGAGGGACAUUCCGUGGUCAACAGCGAGGUAGUGGAGCUGAGACGACAGUUGGAGAGGGAGCGUCACGCGAGGUUGCAUCUUGAGAAGCAAAUGAGGGCUAUACAGAGUCAACUCUAUCCGGAGAGAUUCAGGGAUAAUCAGCUGGUCACUUACCAGCCGCACGAGGUGAUCGAACACACGGACAACGUGAUUGCUCAGGAGACAGAGGAAGCGGUCGCUGCUCUUCAGGUAGUUUCCGUGGUGUCCUUGGCAUCGGUUGGCGCAACGCAAACCGUGGAAACGUCUAGUCCGGAUCCAAGUUCACCACCCCUAUCUCCACAGCCCGCCGACAUGGUACCAGAGGAGAUCAAAGAAGAGGAGGCUGGCCCGGGUUCGCCGAAGAUCGUGACAUUCGCCCAGAACCAGGUGUUCUCCGCGAUCGACGAACAGACUACCGGCGACUCGUUCUCCUCAUCCAGUCGUGUCACGUACGCUGCAAGUACAGGGGAGUUCAAGAACGCGUCGCCUCAGUACAUCACCACCAGCCCCAGCAGGCCAUUUUCACCGGCCGCAGAGCCGCAGCGACUACCCAGCGUCCUCGAAGCGGCGAUGAAAGCGGAACCGAAGGUUGAAGUUGAGAGGUUGCCGUCUCCAUCGAACUCCUUGGAUGACGGUUCCCCGCAGGCGAGGCUCUAUCUGGCUAACACCUCUCGACAGAAUCUGGAAACAAUCGUCGAGGCAAUACGUCACCUCGAGGGUGACCAUCUGUUCAGCGACGAGCCGGCGCAAGACGUGCCACUGGCGUUGACCAACAAGCAAACGGUCAACACGUCGGUGAAAUCGUCUACGGCGUCCAGCACGUCGCCCACGGCGAAGCAACGGCUACUGCAGGCCGAGUUCCUUCAGUUCCACAGACAGCAGCAGCAGACCCAACAGCGACCGGGCGUGAUCGUAGUGAAGCCUUCGUGAUCGAAAGGCGCGUCGCGAUCAGCAAACUGAACGCGUGCGUUCGCCGCGGCAAACUCGCCUCCGCUCGAGGAUAACGAACAAUCCAAAA